AUGGCUGAUGAAGAUGAAGCACAGUCACAAAUCAAACACCUUCAAUUUCAGUUCCUGACAUUCGGCCAAUUGUACUACCAAGAUGCAGUAACAGUUACCAGCAAAGGUCUGGAGCUGGAGCUAGUGAAGAUAUUAAUAUUAUUCACCUCCAUUGACUUGUCAAACAACAAUUUUGAAGGGCCAAUGCCAGAAGAGAUCGGACUAUUGAAAUCCCUCCAUCUUCUCAACUUGUCACAUAAUGCUCUCACAAGCCCAAUCCCAUCAUCCAUAGGGAACUUACUACAACUGGAGUCCUUGGACCUAUCAGCUAACCAGCUGAAUGGGGUGAUCCCUAUACAGCUUGCAAGCCUUAGUUUCAUUUCAGUCCUGAAUCUCUCAAACAAUCACUUUGCGGGAAGGAUCCCAUCAGGUACUCAGCUCCAAACAUUUUCAGCAUCUUCUUUUGCAGGUAAUGAAGGAUUAUAUGGCCCUCCUUUGACAAAUAAUUACACAACAAAUUCCAGCAUGUUACUACCUCCACCACCAGCUUCACCAAACAGUGAAAUUGAUUGGCUGUUUAUAACGAGGGAGAUUGGAUUCGCGGUGGGCUUUGGAGCUGUCGUUGCACCCUUGAUGUUUUCCAAGAAGGUAAACAAAUGGUAUGAUGAUUUCAUCAGCAAGUAUAAGGUGAAAUUUAUCAGGUAA